AUGGCCCGCUCCGGGUCCCACCGCUGCCUCUGGGCCUGGCUCCGGAGCGCGCCGCCGCCCUGUGCGGCCAGCCGGGCCCCUCCCGCGGGCACUUGGACUGGGGCCCGCGCUCCAGCUGCGGGCCGGGCUCCCGUGACACACCCGCCAGACCACCCAGCGCCCGGCCGCCGCGGGCCGCCUCCGCCAGACCGACCGCCAGGCCUGCAGCGCGCCGCCCGGACACCCGCGCUGCCACCGCCGUCCACCGCGGUCCCGCGCGCGCCCUCGACGGCCUGGGGCCCCAGCGAUGUGGGCUCAGCCACGAAGUGUCUGAGCCGGCCGCGGCCCCUGGACAGUGACUCCAGCAGCUCGCCACCCACCGCGUCCCCCGCCCCCGAGGGGCGGGCCGGCCUCUCAACCUGCGGCGGGACCCGUCGCCCCCUCCUCCCAGAGACCUCUUCUGCUCCUGCCAGAUGGCGGCCAGGUCCCAGGGGUGCCUGGCAGCCAGCUCCAACCGCUCGUUUUCUUUCUCCCGUGGACCUGGUCGUUUUGCCCAGAACCCAGUUCUCUUCUCAGUUCGCAGCUGUCUCUCUGAGGUGUGCCUUUUGUCCCACACAGUAGUUAAGCCCCGCACUCUGCCCAGCUCUUCUACACUACCUGGACAAACGUCUUCCCCUUCUUUUCAAUAAAUGUCAGACGCUAUUAAAAAGAAA